GGUGCCGGUGGGUCCCGGCGCCGCCGGGCAGGCUGGGCUUGGGGUGGGGGCUUAGCUGUGAUGGCGGCGCUCUGGCUGUUCGCGCUGCUCGGGCUCGCGGAGGCCAUCUACGAGGAUCAGGCCGGCAAGUUCGACUGGAGAUGCCAAUAUGUUGGCAAACCGCAAUUUGCGUACUUUGAUGCCCCUACGCAAGCCUCUAAAAAGAUUGUGGUUGCAACAGAGAACAACGUGAUCGCAUCGCUUAACACUAGAAAUGGGAAAAUCUUAUGGCGUCAGGUGGACAAAGCAGGUGUUGAGGGGGCCGUGGAUCUGAUGUUACUCCAUGGACAGGACGCGCUAACGGUGUCGGGGGGAGGAAGGAUGCUGCGCUCCUGGGAUACGAACAUUGGGGGAUUGAACUGGGAGUUUCUGCUGGAACCUGGCAGUUUUCAGACGGGCUGUUUGGUCGUCUCUGCAGAAGGAGUAAGAUUUAUCGCAAUCGUCAAGAAAGAGUCCAUUUCGCUCCAUUAUCUCUCAAACGGACAUCAGAAAUGGACGGAGGCUCUACCGGACAGUGAGGGUAUCCAUUAUGAGUUGGUGUAUUCAGGAGGAGAUGAUGCUGUGCAUCUGGUAGGAGUGGUUUCUCGUUCUCAACUCCACAUCACUACGUAUGAUGUCGCUGAUGGCAAGGUCGUCCGUCAGAUUUCCUUCGAAACCUCCUGGAUCCAGCACCUGAAGGACCUUUGUGGGGUUAUUGGGGAAGGAAUCCUGGCUUGUGUGGACUCGGAAUCCCACUCCCUUCAUCUCCUGCCUCUGCAAUCAGACCAGGAGCCUGUGCAGAUUGCACUGCAGUCUCUGGAUCUGAAGCUGGAUGAAGGGUUUAAGGGAAAGAUUGUCACCACACAGCCAUCACCAAUGGGGGCUGCUGGAGCUCAGUUCUUCCUGCAUUUAUCAGACACCAACGGUGUGCUGCUGCAGCUCCGCCACAUGGCCCUCAGCUCUCUGCGCAAGUUUGUCCAGGCUUCACUGAUGUCUUUCGCUACGACUGGUGAUAAAACAGUGGCGGCUGUGAUGACAGCUAAGAACAGAACGGCUUUCAGCAUUAACCUGUACUCAGCAGAGAAUGGCCGAUGGUUACUGGAUACGGCCAUGGACUUUUCCCUGAACCCACAUGUUGGCAGCCCUGAGCAGCUCUACAUUCAACCAUUUCUGAAGAAAGAUGAUUCUGUGGGAUACCGGGCUCUGCUCCAGACCAUCGACCACACCCUUACCUACAUUCAACAGCCAGGUCGCAUUGUCUGGACACGGGAAGAGGCGUUGGCAGAAGUUGUUACGAUGGAGAUGGUGGAUCUGCCUCUGACGGGAACGCAGGCCGAGCUGGAGGGCGAGUUUGGCAAGAAAGCAGAUGGCCCAAUGGGAAUGUUUAUGAAGCGGAUUUCGUCCCAGCUGGUUCUGCUGCAGGCCUGGUGCUAUCAGCUGCUGAAGAUGUUCUAUGAUGCGCGGAAACCUCGCAGCCAAUCAAAGAACGAAAUCACCAUUGAGAACCUGGCUCGAGAUGAGUUUAACCUGCAGAAGAUGAUGGUGAUGGUGACGGCAUGUGGGAAGCUCUUUGGGAUUGACAGCAGCUCAGGGACCAUCCUAUGGAAGCAUUACUUGGAGAACGUGAAGCCCGGAUCCUCCUUCAAACUGGCUGUCCAGCGAACGACAGCUCACUUCCCUCACCCCCCCCAGUGCACGCUGAUCAUCAAAGACAAGGAAACUGGAUUGAGUUCUCUCCAUGUCUUUAACCCAAUCUUUGGCAAGCGAAGUUAUGUAACCCCCCCAGCGCUGGACCGGCCCAUCCUUCAGUCCCUGCUGCUGCCUAUCGUGGACCAAGAUUACGCCAAAGUGCUGCUGCUGAUUGACGCUGAACACAAGGUGACAGCCUUUCCCUCCAGUAGGAAUAUCCUGCAGCAGCUCCAGACCUCUGCCUCUGUUAUUUACUUCUAUCUGGUCGACCCGGUGCAGGGCAAACUAAACGGCUUCCACCUGCGCGAGGACUUUGGAACCGAGGAGAUUUGGGAGGUGGCGAUUCCGACAGAGACUCAGAGAAUAGUGACUGUCAAAGGGAAACGCUCCAACGAACAUGUGCACUCACAGGGCCGUGUCAUGGGGGAUCGCAGUGUCCUGUACAAGUAUCUGAACCCCAAUCUGCUGGCAGUCAUCACAGAGAGCACCGACACGCACCAGGAACGAGCCUUCAUCUGCAUCUACCUCAUUGAUGGCGUGACCGGGCGCAUCAUCCACCAGUCUGUGCAGCGCAAAGCAAGAGGUCCUGUGUACGUGGUGCACUCCGAGAAUUGGCUGGUGUACCAGUACUGGAAUACCAAGUCCCGAAGGAACGAGAUGACAGUGUUGGAACUGUACGAGGGGACCGAGCAGUACAACAGCACAGCCUUCAGCUCACUGGACCGGCCACUCUCCCCCAUCAUCUUCCAGCAAUCUUACAUCUUCCCCUCGGCCAUCAACCUGGUGGAGGCCACUAUCACAGAGAAAGGGAUCACCAGCCGCCACCUGUUGAUUGGGCUUCACUCUGGAGGAAUCCUCUCCUUACCUAAAGCGUUUCUGGAUCCUCGACGUCCAGAGGUUCCUUCUGAGCAAAGCCGGGAGGAGAAUCUAAUUCCGUAUGCUCCUGAACUGCCCAUCCGAUCGGAAUGGUUCAUCAACUACAAUCAGUCUGUGUCACGAGUGAGGGGGAUUCACACGGCACCCUCCGGCCUGGAGUCCACCUGCCUGGUUGUCGCUUAUGGUCUCGACAUCUUCCAGACUCGUGUUUAUCCCUCGAAGCAGUUUGAUGUUCUGAAAGACGACUAUGACUAUGUGUUGAUCAGCAGUGUUCUCUUCGGUCUGGUCUUUACCACCAUGAUCACCAAGCGGCUCGCCCAGGUUAAGCUCCUGAACAGGGCCUGGCGAUAGCAGCUACUGGGACAUGAAAGGGGGGAAGGGGAAAAAGAAACAUUGUCCCAUGGAUUGAAUGCGAAGAUGGAGAUGCAAAGGUUUUGGGGGACAAGCCAAGUAGCGAGACUGGAGUGUCAGCGCCGGGGCUCAUUUGUUUUCUGCGGGUAUUUAUUUUGAAGACUGUCAUGACUAGAAAGUGGACAUUUUGAUUAAAUAAAAUUGGCUUCAGGAUUUUCACUGCAAUCAGCAGUGGUCCCUCACACACAUUGUUCAGAGCAAACACUUUUGUUUCUUUUUUUGGUUAGAAAGUUAUUUUCCCAUUUGAAAUUGUAAUGACGGAUGUAGAUAGAGCCACCCUUAUGAUUGACAGGAGGCCAAGUGGCUGCUAAUGUGUUUAGCCUGGAAGCGGCGACUGCAAACUGGAGCCUUGCCUUUUAAAUUGUAAUUUUACUCCUAAAGUCUGUAUCUGUCUUACCUGGGAAUCCUACAUCCAGGCAUCCUGUUGCAGAGGAUUCUUGUACCGAGACUUGCUUAUGUGCGACACACCUGGGUUCAAUUCCAGGCAGAGGGCGAAACCUUGGGCAAGUUUCCUUA